CCCCCCCCCCUCCUCCUCUACUUUCCGCGCUGGCCCAGGCCCGGCCCAUAGAGGUGGUGGCGGCGGCGGCGGCCGCGGCCCAGCGGCGUGGGGCCCGGCCCGGUGCCCGUCGCUGCGUCGCAGGGCUCUGAAGAUGUCCAACAGCAACACGGCGCAGGAGUCCCUGGAAAUAAUGAAGGAGUCAGAAAAAAAGGUGGUCGAGGAAUCCGUGAGCAAAACCAAACACGUAUCCAGGUCACCCAGCAAGGAGGAGGCUGAGAAGGACGGGGGGGAGGAGGUCAGCGUGCGUCAGGAGGCGCAGAGGCGGACGUCGGGCCAUGGGCACGCCAGAAAAAGAGCAAAGUCUAAUUCAAAGCUUAAGCUGGUCAGGAGCUUGGCUGUGUGUGAAGAAUCGUCCAGCCCCUUUGUAGAUGGGCUGCUGGAGUCCCAGGACAUCAUUCAGCUGCGUGUGAGCUGCCCCUCCGACAAGGAAGAGGAAAAGUCCACGAGAGAUGGGGCUGAGAAAGAAGAGAAAGAGAAGAGUAAAGACAAGGCACCAAGGAAGAUGCUGUCUCGAGAUUCCAGCCAGGAAUACACGGACUCCACCGGCAUAGAUUUGCAUGAGUUUUUAGUAAAUACACUGAAAAAAAACCCAAGGGAUAGAAUGAUGCUGCUAAAGUUAGAACAGGAGAUUCUGGAAUUUAUUAGUGAUAGCAACAAUCAGUUUAAGAAGUUCCCUCAGAUGACCUCGUACCACAGGAUGCUGCUGCACCGCGUGGCCGCCUACUUUGGCAUGGACCAUAAUGUUGACCAAACUGGGAAGGCAGUCAUUAUCAACAAGACCAGUAACACACGAAUCCCCGAGCAGAGGUUCUCUGAGCACAUCAAGGAUGAGAAGAACGCCGAGUUUCCCCAGCGGUUUAUCCUAAAACGCGAUGACACCAGCAUGGACCGGGACGAUAACCAGAUCAGACUCCCCUUGCAGGAUGGGAGGAGGAGCAAAUCUAUAGAAGAGCGAGAGGAGGAAUACCAGCGGGCCAGGGAGCGGAUAUUUGCACGAGAGACUGGCCAGAACGGAUUUCUCACCGACAGCAGGGGCAACCGGGACGCUUUGAACCGGGCCUCGGGCAGCCGCCAGAGCAGCACGGAGAGCGAGAUGAAGUCGCUGGAGCCUCGGCCGUGGAGCAGCACGGACUCAGACGGCUCCAUCCGCAGCCUGCGGCCGCCCGUCACCAAAGCCAGCAGCUUCAGCGGCAUCUCCAUCCUGACGCGGGGCGACAGCAUCGGGAGCAGCAAAGGCGGCGCUGCCAGCAGGGCGCCUCGGGCAGGCCUGGUUCUCGGUGCCCCCGAGGCGUGCAGCCAACCCCCUUCAUCACAGCCCACCCGCGGCCUCCUUCCCUGCGCGUCCCAGCAGCCUCAGCCGCCGCCUCCCCAGCAGCCCCCGCCGCAGCCCCCCGGCCUCCCCCCCGCCGCCCAGCAGCAGCCAGCCAUGAGCAGCCACAUGAUGUCUCAGCCGGUCCCGGCGCUGCAGCCCGUUCAGUAUUCUCCAAGCUCCUGCCCCCAAGUCCUCUUGCCAGUCUCUCCACCCCAGCAGUACAACAUGGCUGACGAACUCAGCAGCCCCUUUGGGCAGAUCAGCCUCAGCCGGCAGGGCUCGACGGAAGCACCGGAUCCUUCGAUGUUCCAGCCAUCCCUCAUCUCCCAGCACCCUCAGCAGGCGGGAUUCAUCAUGGCGACCCCCGGGCAGCCCAUUCCCACCUCCAACUACUCGGCCUCAGGGCACACGGUCCCCACGCAGCAGGUGCUGCAGCCCCAGGGCUACAUUCAGCCUCCCCAGCAAAUUCAGGUUUCUUACUACCCUCCUGGGCAGUACCCGAACUCCAGCCAGCAAUACCGAUCUCUCAGUCACCCAGUGGCCUACAGCUCUCAGCGCACGCAGCAGCUCCCCCAGCAAGCCCAGCAGCCCGGUUUACAGCCCAUGAUGUCCAACCAGCAGCAGACGUACCAAGGCGUGAUGGGGGUGCAGCAGCCGCAGUCACCCGGGCUCCUCAACAGCCAGAGGAGCAGCAUGGGGGGCCAAAUGCAGAGCGUGAUGGGGGUGCAGCAGCCGCAGCCGCCGAGCCUCCUCAGCAGCCAGAGGAGCGGCAUGGGGGGCCAGAUGCAAGGCCUGGUGGUGCAGUACACUCCUCUGCCUUCGUACCAGGUUCCCGUGGCCAACGAGUCGCAGAGCGUGGUCCAGCAGCCCUUCCAGCAGCCGGUGCUGGUGCCGGCCAGCCAGUCUGUCCAGGGGGGGCUUCAGACCGGCGGCGUGCCCAUCUACUACAGCGUCAUCCCAACCGCCCAGCAGAACGGCACCAGCCCUUCGGUGGGGUUCCUGCAGCCGCCCGGCUCGGAGCAGUACCAGAUGCCGCAGUCUCCCUCGCCCUGCAGCCCGUCGCAGAUGCAGCAGCCGUAUUCAGGGGUUUCCCCGUCGGGCCCCGGCGUGGUGGUGAUGCAGCUGAACGUCCCCAAUGGCCCCCAGCCCCCCCAGAACGCCCCCGUGGUGCAGUGGAGCCACUGUAAGUACUACAGCCUGGAGCAGCGGGGGCAGAAGCCGGGAGAGCUGUACAACCCGGACGGCGGCGCUCAGGCCGGCACCCAGCUGAGCAGCCCCAUCACGUCCCCCACCCAGUCCCCGACGCCGUCGCCCGUCACCAACCUGAACAGCGUCUGCACGGGGCUCAGCCCCCUCCCCGUCCUCACGCAGUUCCCCCGGCCCGUGGGCCCAACGCAAGGUGACGGGCGUUACUCGCUGCUGGGCCAGCCGCUGCAGUACAACCUGUCCAUCUGCCCCCCGCCGCUGCUCCACAACCAGCCCAACUACGGCGCGCACCAGGGACAGAGCGGCAUGAAACACGGCAACCGGAGCAAGAGACAGGCCCUCAAGUCAGCGUCCACCGACCUGGGGACGAGCGACGUAGUGCUGGGCCGGGUGCUGGAGGUGACGGACCUCCCCGAGGGCAUCACGCGGACGGAGGCGGACAAACUGUUCACGCAGCUCGCCAUGGCCGGCGCCAAGAUCCAGUGGCUCAAAGAGACUCAGGGGCGACGCGACGGCGGCGGCGGCUCCGGGGACGGCACGGGGACUCCGGAAAACGGCCGGCACGCCGACCUCGCUGCCUUAUACACCAUCGUGGCCGUGUUCCCCAGCCCGUCGGCGGCUCAGAGCGCUUCGCUCCGCCUCAACAACUCGCUGAGCCGCUUCAAGCUGCGCGUGGCCAAAAAGAACUACGACCUGCGGGUGCUGGAGCGCGCCAGCUCGCAGUAGGGCUGCGCCGGGCUCCGGGCUGCGGGCGCCCCUCCGCCUCCCCCCCCCUCCCGGAUAUAUUUAUAUGGACAGAAAUAAGAGACGCAUUGAUUUCUCUGGGGGUUUUCGUUGGUUUUUUUGGAGUGCUGCCCGUUGCCGCCCCCCCGUGUCUCUGUUUUGUUGAGCACUGUGUUGAGCUGCACAUACAGGUGUUGGUUGGUUGGUAUGUUCACUGCACAUUUUAUUUAAUCGGACUAUUCUUUUUUUUGGGGGGGGGGGG